AUGAGGCAUCAAAUCAAAUCUGCCGCCGUCGUCCGCAGGCAGCUCCACCUGAACCAGCUGAUCCGGACCAGCGGCGUGGUGAGCAGCUGCACCGGCGUCCUCCCUCAGCUCGGCAUGGUCAAGUACAACUGUAACAAGUGUAACUUCGUGCUGGGGCCCUUCUUCCAGUCCCAGAACCAGGAGGUGAAGCCGGGCUCCUGUCCCGAGUGUCAGUCCCUGGGCCCCUUCGAGAUCAACAUGGAGGAGACCGUUUACCAGAACUACCAGAGAAUCACCAUCCAGGAGAGCCCCGGGAAAGUGGCCGCUGGCCGUCUCCCGCGCUCUAAAGACGCCAUCCUGCUGGCUGACCUGGUGGACAACUGCAAGCCCGGAGACGAGAUCGAACUGACGGGCAUCUACCACAACAACUACGACGGCUCUCUGAACAUGGCGAACGGCUUCCCCGUGUUUGCCACCGUGAUCUUAGCCAACCACAUCACCCGCAGGGACGAGGGCGUCGCCGUGGCCGAGCUGACCGACGAAGACGUCAAGGCCAUCGUCGCUCUGUCCAAGGACGAACGCAUCGGGGAGAGGAUCUUCGCCAGCAUGGCGCCGUCCAUUUACGGUCACGAGGACAUCAAGCGCGGCCUGGCCCUGUCGCUGUUCGGAGGAGAGCCCAAAAACCCAGGUGGGAAACACAAAGUGCGCGGAGACAUCAACGUGCUGCUGUGCGGAGACCCGGGAACCGCCAAGUCCCAGUUCCUCAAAUACGUGGAGAAAGUGGCGAGUCGUGCGGUCUUCACCACGGGUCAGGGCGCCUCAGCUGUCGGUCUGACCGCGUACGUCCAGAGACACCCGGUCAGCCGAGAGUGGACGCUGGAGGCCGGAGCGCUGGUGCUGGCCGACCGCGGAGUCUGUCUGAUCGACGAGUUCGACAAAAUGAACGACGCGGACCGGACGAGCAUCCACGAGGCGAUGGAGCAGCAGAGCAUCUCCAUCUCCAAAGCCGGCAUCGUCACCUCGCUGCAGGCCCGGUGCACCGUCAUCGCCGCCUCCAAC